AUGACACUUUUACCGAAGCAUUCACUGUGUGUAACAAUGAAUGUGCAGGGAAGUUCUCGCAAAGACGGGGACAGUAGUUCCGUCUGGCAAGGCUACGAUCCCGGGCCACAGGUCUGGUGUGAACGCCAAACCCCUAUUCUCCCUCCAGGUUUAACCCGACAAAAUGGAGCGUUUUUGGGUGACGGCCGCAUCAAUCAGUGUGAGGAAUUAGAAGCAAUACCACGAAUAGGGGUGUCUUGCGACGGAGAGUUGCAAUUUAAUGACUCUGCACGCCUUACUCCUAUUGAACAAACAGAUCCACACACCUUUAAAUUGGCAACGCCCCCCUUCUGCUAUAAUAGCGUCCCAUACUCUAGCCCUAUGAUUCAGCCCAGUUCCGGGGUCGAUUACUAUAGCGAGCCCCAUCAGCCAGCGCAUGUGCAGCGUGACCCCAUCCCGUGUGGCGCCAACGGGGUCUUGCCGGCUAUUCCUUAUCCAGUGGACACCAAUGGCUUUACUCCGCUCUGCACCAAUCCUCCUCUCCAUCCCGCACUGAUCUCAUACAUUCCAAUAGCUACCCCCACCUCAUAUGAGGCACCCCAUCUUUCCUUUCCAAUCCUGUCGCCGCCUGCGCCCAUGGCACUUGACACAUACACGAAGUUCCCCUCUGAAGUCUUCCCCUACAUGCAGGACACUGUGCAUGCGCCACAUGUUCUCCCAUACUCACUGGACGCAGACACAGACCGAACCUCCUGCUGCUCAAGCCCUAUUUUCGGUAUGCAGAGCCCAGUGCCGACUCGCUCGGCCACAUGCUCUGUGGAUCUAUCACAGACCACACCACAAAGGAUAACUACUAUGAGGCCCUGUCCUCUUUCAUUUACUCUGACCCACUCGGCUCUUUCAGACACCCACAACUCGACCACUACUGUCUUUUCCAAUGAGCCUAUCGCUCCUCAGCCAGACCUUCCUACGAACGACUACGAACGAAAGUUAGUUCUUUCAUUCAAGGAACCCACCGGGUGCAAGAUCCUCCAGCAGUAUUUGGCUGACUUUCCCGACAAGUCUCGUUAUUUGCUGGACGUCUUUAUUGCUGAGUAUAGUACUCCGUCCCUAAUGGAGAGUCUGCUAAUCCAUCCCUCGGGUAACUACUGCUUUCAGAAGAUCAUUGAAAGUUCUGAUGCAAGUCAGAGGCUAAGGAUUCUACUUCUCAUUCAGGAUUCCCUCUUUGACAUUUGCCAAAAUCUGCAUGGAACCCGGUCUAUUCAGAAGCUGUUUGAGCGUGUCUCUUCAGACGAGGAAAAGGCCAUAAUUGCCCAACAACUUGGAGCAGGUGACAGAAUUAUAAAGCUAAUCGUAGACAUCAAUGGCAAUCACUGUGUGCAGCGCUGUAUUGAGACCUUUGCGCCGAAGGAUUGUACCUUUAUAUAUGACCAGAUAAUCCGGGAGCUCGUGCUUGUAGGCACCCACCAACACGGCUGUUGCAUCAUACAGCGCUGCCUGGAUCUCUGCAGUGAGGCGCAGCGUGUACAGAUUGUCACAGCCAUCAAGAAUCACGUUAUGGAGCUUAUAGUCGAUCGCUUCGGGAAUUAUGUAUUUCAGUAUUCGCUAGAGAAAGCAAACAACGGUUUAUGCGGUUUGAUCUCGGCAGACGACCUGAUCAGACCCAUUUUGGGGCACGAGGGAUCUCUCGUCAAUCAGAAGUUUUCCUCCCACGCCGUCGAAAAGUGCCUCAAGUACGGUAGUAGAAGGAUGCGCACGCUUAUCACCGAAAACCUUAUGGCCAGCAGCAGUUUUCUUUCCUCGGCCAUGGACAAAUUUGGGAAUUAUGUUGUGCAGAAGGCAUUUAUUGGUGCCACAGACGAGCAAAAGAGGACCAUAUCUCAGAGGGUUCUUACCUCUCCUGAGGUGCUGAACUGCAGUUAUAGCCGGCAUCUUGUCCAAAUGUGUGAAAAGUUUGCAAAUUCACACAAAUCCAGAUGA